CGCGUCGACCGUGAGGACAAAGCGAGACGAUCACUCUCGGCAUUAGAAUAAGCGUAGUAUUAUUUCCGUUUGCCUUUCUCGCACAGCACGGCCGGCCACGAUAUUCACUAUAUGUACAACUGGUCCGAGCGUAUAUUUCACAUUGCUGAUCGGCGGCUGUCGCGCGUACGUCGAUUUCUUCUACGCACCGAUCUCGGUCAUGAACUGGAGUCUCUAAAUCGCGUGGCCGUUGACAGAGUUUUUACGAGGCCGAAAGAUCGGUGCCGCUGGAAAGUGAAAGCGUACGGAGCCACGUAAUUGGUGAAUCGUCGAAAUCGUCCAGCAUCCGAACCUCGGCCCACGUUCGAUCUCAUCUCAUCGUCAGUGUAGAUUCACGCGUCACGAAGAAGGGUACGAUUUCGCAGCAUCGACAACACUAUGUCGAUCUUCAGAUAGAAACUUCGUGUUCUGGACAAGACUGUUCAGACACUCAACUGGAUUGCAAGUGUAAGCGUUGAAUCAGAGAACUGGAGCGCAGUUUCUGGAUAAUCGCAAGCCGGCCGAUUAGCCUUAAUCGCAACUGAUAACAGGAUACGCGUCCAAGAUUCCUUUUCAACAACGCGAUCGAACCGGUAGCGGUUGAGAAGAACUGAAUGGAGACGCCGGCGCUUGGGAAUUUGAAAACUAUCGUGUUCCUCGCGAUAUGGGUGCUUCAGCUCCUGGUGCCGGGUGCCAUUGCGUCCUACAGCAUCGGCGUGGGCAGAGCAGACGCUACUGGCCCCACGGCUGAAGUCGUUUUUAUGGGCUACGCGAAGAUCGAUCAAAAAGGAUUAGGAAUCCAUCUUCGAACGUUCUCCCGUGCCUUCAUCAUCGAUGAUGGCGAGGAGAGGUUUGUCUUCGUCAGCGUGGACAGCGCGAUGAUAUCAAACGGCGUUCGCAAAUCGGUGCUGCAGAAACUCCAGGAACACUUUGGCAGCAUGUACACGGAGAAGAAUGUGAUGAUCAGCGGGACGCAUUCGCAUUCAACUCCGGGUGGAUUCAUGAUGGACGUGCUGUUCGACCUCACGACUUUCGGAUUCGUUAAGCAGACGUUCGAUGCCAUGGUCAACGGAAUAGUGAAGAGCAUCGAACGAGCUCAUAAUGCAGUGGGUCCAGGUCGAAUCUUCAUUACUCAUGGAGAAGUUCACGGUGCUAAUAUUAAUAGAAGUCCACUCGCUUAUCUCAACAAUCCCAAAGCAGAAAGAGACAAGUAUAAGUACGACGUAGAUAAGAUUUUGACACAGAUGCAGUUCAUCGACGCGAACGGUAAGCCGCUGGGCGUGAUUAAUUGGUUCGCGGUGCAUCCGACCAGCAUGAACAACACUAAUCAUCUGGUGUCGAGCGAUAACGUGGGCUACGCCUCGGUUCUCUUCGAGAGAACUGUGAACCCCGACGCGCUGGUCGGCAAGGGUCCAUUCGUGGCAGCCUUCGCAUCGACGAAUCUCGGCGACGUUUCACCGAACACCCGUGGCCCGAAAUGCGAAUUUUCCGGCAGCAACUGCUCCGAGCAGUACACUUGUCCCGGGAUCAAGGAAAUGUGCUUCGCCUCCGGACCAGGCAAAAACAUGUUCGAAAGCACGAGCAUAAUCGCCAACAGGAUCUUCAAGGAGUCGUGGCGUUUAUGGCUGUACGGAGAAGCUAAGGAAGUGAUCGGGCCCCUACGGGUGGUUCAUCGCUACGUGAACAUGGUGGAACAGACUGCCGAGUUCUACAACGAGACUAGCAAGGAGAUCGAGAAGGUUCAUGGGUGUGAACCAGCGAUGGGGUACAGUUUCGCGGCGGGGACGACCGACGGCCCGGGAUCGUUUGCAUUCGAGCAGGGUACAACUACUGCAAAUCCCUUGUGGAACGUAGUUAGAAACUUGUUAGCGGCGCCGACGGCCGAGGACAUCAAGUGCCACGGCGCUAAGCCGAUUCUCCUCGCCACCGGACGUAUGACUUUGCCGUACGAGUGGCAGCCGAAAAUCGUGGCGACGCAAGUCGCGUUGAUCGGAAACGUAGUAAUCGCCGGUGUGCCGGGGGAAUUCACAACAAUGUCCGGAAGAAGAUUGCGAGAGGCUAUCAAAACGGUCAUGAACGAUGCGUCCGACAGCGAAACCUCCGUUAUAGUCGCCGGCCUCUGCAAUACUUACAGCGAUUACGUAACCACGCCGGAGGAAUACCAAAUCCAAAGAUACGAGGGAGCUUCCACGAUAUUUGGACCCCACACACUCACAAUCUAUUUAAAACAGUACCAAGAGCUCGUCACGGCUGCUAUUCUUAAAAAGAAAGUAGACCCUGGCCCAACGCCUGCAGAUCUGACGGAAAAUACUCUUCUCUCAUUUGUAACACCUGUCCUCUACGAUACUCCGAAAUGGGGUAGGAAUUUCGGCGACUGCAUCAUCCAACCACGGAAAAUUGUCGAGCCCGGAGAUAUCGUCACUGCAGAAUUUAUUUCCGGACACCCACGCAACAAUCUGAUGACAGAGAGCACGUUCCUUACAGUCGAGAGGCUGGCUAAUGCCGAUGACGAGGUGUGGGUGCCAAUCGCCACUGAUGCCAAUUGGGAGACCAAGUUCGAAUGGAAGAGGACGUCGGUGGUUCUUGGAUCGAGUCAGGUGACCAUUACGUGGCAGGUCCCGGAGGACAUCAAACCGGGUGAAUAUCGUAUUAGGCACAAUGGGUACUACCGUUACAUCCUUGGCGGCGUCUUCCCUUAUUACGGAAUAUCGAACCACUUUCAGGUUGUAGCUAAUACCUCGAGUAGGGAACGCUACUAUGAAUAAUCAAGCCACGGUGCGAAUGAAAUGCUUGCGCUUCUAGUUCACGGUGGUAUCUAUUAUACUAGGUAUAAUUCAGCUGUGAAAGCCAUAAUGGUAACGCGAAAUAUGUCAUACAUAUUUUAUAUUUCUUUUGUACAGCCUUGUAAUAUAAUAUGUAAUAUUGACUGUGUGUGAUCUCCUUGUCUGUAGCAAUGUUAAUGUUUAGUUAAAUGUACUCACUAAGUCGAUGCAUUAAAUGCGUCGAACAAGUCAACUGUAGAACGUGAUAAGACAAAAUAAAUGAGUUGUACAUAAA